ACUCAGCUCAGUUUAGUGAUAUUCGCGGUCGUGCGUGGCAGCAAAGCAAACGAAACAGCUGCUCAAAAUUCGGAAUCAUUGCCGUCUCGAUACGCGAUAAAUUUGCUGCCGCCCGCAGAACUUUUUGCCGGCUUCACAAUUAUUUUAACAAUUGUAUCAGUGAAACGUUUGACUAAACAUUGAUUCCGUUUCCUAUCCAAGUACAUUCAAAAUGGACACCAACAACGCUGCAUCGUCCCCGCAAUCGCUCAACAACUUCCGGAUCUUGUACCUGAUCACCCAGAUGGUGGGGGUAACGAUCAUAAUUCUGGUCAGUUCCUGGGUCGGCGUUCAUCUCGGUGGAGUGGCCUGGACCUCGCAACCUCGUGUCCAGUUCAACUGGCAUCCGCUGCUGAUGUCGAUUGGGAUGAUCUUCCUCUACGGAAAUUCAAUUUUGGUAUACCGAGGUUUCCGAUACGCCCGCAAGAAGCCACUGAAGAUCACCCACGCCGUCAUUCACGGGCUGGCCUUCGUGUUUACCGUAGUAGCUCUGGUGGCCGCAUUCGAUUCGCACAAUCUGGCCCAGCCGCCGAUUCCCAACAUGUACACGCUUCACUCGUGGAUUGGAAUGGCCGCGGUGGUCAUUUUUGGACUGCAGUACGUGUUCGGAUUUGUGUCCUAUCUGUUUCCUGGUUUGCGGGAACCGCUGAGAGCCACCUACAUGCCGGUGCACAUAUUCUUCGGAAUUCUGGGCUUCGUUCUAGCCAUUGCCGCCUCCUGUCUGGGUCUGCUGGAGAAAGCCAUUUUUUCGAUUGAUAAAUACAGCAGCCUUCCCGCCCAGGGCGUUCUGGUCAACAUGAUCGGUAUGCUGAUGAUCGUCUACGGUGGCCUGGUAGUAUUUCUGGUGACCGAAACCAAUUACAAGCGGAAACCCCUGCCGGAGGAUGUGAUGCUGCUGACUCACAGUGCGUCGUCGCAGUAAAAUUUGUCCGCUGAUGUUAUCUGCAUCACUUUACCUAAUAGCUCCGUACUUUGAUACGCUCAAACAGCCGGUUUGUGCUAUCGAAUAUUCCCCAAGGAGUAUCAUUUCCUAUACCAAUGGCUUGUGUGUUUGUGUACUCGGUAUGAUUCAACAUCGAUCAUCGUUUUCUUCCUAAGGGCAAAUUGUACUAUACCUACUAAGUAUAUAAUUCUCAAGGCCAAAGUCGUAUGUGUAUACACAGUUUGCACAAACUGAAAGUGCCGCAACAAAUCAAAGAGCACAAUAAUAAUGCACGGUUCUAUUUAGCUUAUAGGAAAAUAUCUUAUCGUAUUAUUAUACCAUAGCGCGAGUUGCUUGUAAAAGAUGUGUAAAUAUUCAAUCAUUAUUUAUAUCGAUGUGAUAAUAAAUCUUUAAAAAUGAA